CUGUUCCAGAAGGAGCAAGUGGAUCCUCUCCAGCUAAAACUACAGCAAGUCAAUGGAGUUGGUCAAGGACUCAUCCAAAGCGCCGGGAAAAACUGUGACGUCCAAGGGCUGGAGCAUGACAUGGAAGAAAUCAACACCCGCUGGAACACCCUCAACAAGAAGGUGGCCCAAAGAAUUGCUCAGCUGCAGGAGGCCCUGUUGCACUGCGGGAAGUUUCAGGAUGCCCUGGAGCCGUUGCUGAGCUGGCUGGCGGACACCGAGGAGCUCAUCUCCAACCAGAAACCUCCCUCUGCGGAGUACAAGGUGGUGAAAGCCCAGAUCCAGGAGCAGAAGCUGCUUCAGCGACUCCUGGACGAUCGCAAAGCCACCGUUGAGAUGAUCCAAGCGGAGGGAGGGAGGAUCGCGCAGUCGGCCGAGCCCGCGGACCGGGAGAAGAUCGUCGGCCAGCUGGAGAGCCUGGAGCGCCGCUGGGCAGGGCUGCUGGGCAGAGCGGCCGGCAGGCAGAAGCAGCUGGAGGACAUCUUGGUCCUGGCAAAGCAGUUCCACGAAACCACGGAGCCCGUGUCGGACUGGCUGUCGGUGACGGAGAAGAAACUGGCCAACUCGGAGCCCAUCGGUACCCAGACUGCCAAAAUCCAGCAGCAGAUCAGUCGGCACAAGGCUCUAGAGGAAGAGAUAGAGAGCCACGCGGCCGACGUGUCUCGGGUGGUCAGUGUCGGGCAGUCCCUCUCCUCCCUGAGCUGUGCCGCUGAGCGGAGGCUGCUAGCAGAGAAGCUAGACUCUCUGCAGACCCGCUACGGCGAGGUCCAUGACCGGUGCUGCCGGAAGGCAGCGCUGCUGGAUCAGGCGCUGUCUAAUGCCAGGCUCUUUGGGGAGGAGGAGGUGGAAGUGCUCAACUGGCUGGCUGAGGUCGAGGACAAGCUCGGCUCGGUAUCCGUAAAGGAUUACAAACGGGACGUCCUGCAGAAGCAGCAUGCCGACCAGCUGGCUUUGAACGAGGAAAUUGUGAACAGGAAGAAGAAUGUGGACCAAGCCAUUAGAAACGGGCAAGCUCUUCUGAAGCAAACCACAGGGGAGGAGGUCUUGCUGAUCCAGGAGAAGCUGGAUGGAAUUAAGACCCGCUACUCGGACAUCACCGCUGCCAGCUCCAAGGCGCUGCGCACGCUGGAGCAGGCUCGGCAGCUGGCCACCAAGUUCCAGUCCACGCACGAGGAGCUCACCGGCUGGAUGAGCAAAGUGGAGGACGAGCUGGCUUCCAGCGGGGGACAGUCCCCCGCCGGCGAGCAGAUCCCCCAGUUCCAGCAGAGGCAAAAGGAGCUGAAGAAGGAGGUGAUGGAGCACCGGCUCCUCCUGGACACGGUGAACGAGGUGAGCCGAGCUCUCUUGGAGCUGGUUCCCUGGCGAGCCCGCGAAGGGCUGGAUAAACUCGUGUCGGACACCAACGAGCGCUACAAGCUGGUCAGCGACACCAUCAAGCAGAGGGUGGAAGAAAUCGAUGCUGCUAUUCAGAGGUCUCAACAGUACGAGCAGGCGGCCGACGCGGAGCUGGCCUGGGUGGCUGAGACCAAGCGGAAGCUGCUGGCUCUCGGUCCCAUCCGCCUGGAGCAGGUCCAGACGACGGCUCAGCUGCAGGUGCAGAAGGCUUUUUCCAUUGACAUUAUUCGGCACAAAGACUCUAUGGAUGAACUGUUCAGCCAGCGCAAUGAGAUCUUUGGGACGUGUGGGGAGGAACAAAAAGCUGCUCUCCAGGAGAAAACCGAGUCCCUGGUGCAACAGUACGAAGCCGUGAGCCAGCUCAACUCGGAGCGCUACGCUCGCUUGGAGCGUGCCCAGGUCUUGGUCAACCAGUUCUGGGAGACCUACGAGGAGCUGAACCCCUGGAUCGAGGAGACGCAAGCCCUCAUCUCCCAGCUGCCCCCUCCGGCCAUCGAUCACGAGCAGCUCAAGCAGCAGCAGGAGGACAUGAGGCAACUGAGAGAGUCCAUUGCUGAACAUAAGCCUCAUAUUGACAAGCUGCUGAAAAUCGGACCACAGCUCAAGGACCUCAACCCUGAGGAAGGGGAGAUGGUGCAGAAAAAAUACUCGACGGCUGAGGCCAUGUAUGCCAAAAUCAAGGAGGAGGUGUGCCAGCGGGCUCUCGCGCUCGACGAAGCUGUCUCGCAGUCCACCCAGAUUACGGAGUUCCACGAUAAGAUCGAGCCCAUGCUGGAGACGCUGGAGACCCUCUCCUCCCGCCUGCGCAUGCCGCCCCUCAUCCCCGCCGAGGUCGAUAAGAUCCGGGAGUGCAUCAGCGAGAACAAAAACGCCACUGUGGAGCUGGAGAAGCUGCAGCCUUCCUUCGAGGCUCUGAAACGCCGCGGGGAGGAGCUGAUCGGCCGAUCGCAGGGAACGGACAAGGACCUGGCAGCAAAAGUAAUCCAGGAUAAGUUGGAUCAGAUGGUCUUCUUCUGGGAAGACAUCAAAGCUCGGGCAGAGGAACGUGAAAUGAAGUUCCUUGAUGUCCUGGAGCUUGCGGAAAAAUUCUGGUAUGACAUGGCAGCCCUCCUGACUACCAUCAAAGACACGCAGGACAUUGUGCACGACCUGGAGAGCCCAGGCAUCGACCCCUCCAUCAUCAAGCAGCAGGUGGAAGCGGCAGAGACUAUUAAAGAGGAGACGGAUGGCUUGCAUGAAGAGCUGGAGUUCAUCCGACUCCUUGGAACUGAUCUAAUUUUUGCCUGUGGCGAAACCGAGAAACCAGAAGUGAAAAAGAGCAUUGAUGAGAUGAACAACGCGUGGGAAAACCUAAACAAAACGUGGAAGGAGAGGCUCGAAAAGCUUGAAGAAGCCAUGCAGUCGGCUGUGCAAUACCAAGAUACACUUCAAGCCAUGUUUGACUGGCUGGAUAACGCCGUGAUCAAACUCUGCAACAUGUCUCCUGUCGGCACUGACCUCAACACUGUUAAGGAGCAAAUGAACGAGAUGAAGGAAUUUAAAAUGGAGGUUUACCAGCAGCAGAUUGAGAUGGAAAAGCUUAAUCACCAAGGUGAACUGAUGCUAAAAAAAGCUACAGAUGAGACAGACAGAGACAUCAUAAAGGAACCACUGACAGAGCUGAAACAUCUCUGGGAGAAUUUGGGCGAGAAAAUUGCUCACAGACAGCAUAAGUUAGAAGCCGCUCUCCUAGCACUUGGCCAGUUUCAGCACGCAUUGGCGGAGCUGAUGGCCUGGCUGACCCACACCGAGGAGCUGCUCGACGCGCAAAAACCCAUCAGCGGAGACCCAAAAAUCAUUGAGGUUGAACUUGCAAAGCACCACGUGCUGAAGAACGACGUCCUGGCCCACCAAGCGACCGUGGAGACGGUGAACAAAGCGGGCAACGAGCUGCUGGAGUCAAGCGCAGGGGACGAUGCGAGCAGCCUGCGAAACCGCCUGGAGAAGCUGAACUCGUGCUGGGAGUCGGUGCUGCAGAAGACGGAGGAGAGGGAGCAGCAGCUGCAGUCCACGCUCCAGCAGGCCCAGGGUUUCCAUGGUGAGAUUGAAGACUUCCUCCUGUGGCUAACGAGGAUGGAGAGCCAAUUGUCGGCAUCAAAACCCACAGGAGGUCUGCCAGAAACUGCCCGGGAACAACUCAAUGCCCACAUGGAGCUGUACAGCCAGCUCAAAGCCAAGGAGGACGUCUACAGUCAGCUGCUGGCCAAGGGGCGACUAAAAAACCGCGACGACUCGGGCUCUGGCUCAAAGACGGAGCAGAGCGUAGCGUUGCUGGAGCAGAAAUGGUGUCUGGUCAGCACCAAGAUGGAGGAGAGAAAGGCAAAGCUGGAGGAGGCUCUGGCCCUGGCCACGGACUUCCAGAACUCCCUCCAGGACUUCAUCAACUGGCUCACGCUGGCCGAGCAGAGCCUGAACAUCGCGCCCCCGGCCAGCCUCAUCCUCAACGCCGUGCUGGCCCAGAUCGACGAGCACAAGGUGUUCGCCAACGAGGUGAAUGCUCAUCGGGAUCGGAUCAUCGAGCUGGAUCAAACCGGGAACCAGCUGAAGUUUCUCAGUCAAAAACAGGAUGUGGUGUUGAUCAAGAACCUGCUGGUGAGCGUCCAGUCCCGCUGGGAGAAGGUCGUCCAGCGCUCUGUGGAGCGGGGACGGGCCCUUGAUGAUGCCAGGAAGCGAGCUAAGCAGUUCCACGAAGCUUGGAAGAAGCUGAUUGAUUGGCUGGAGGAUGCAGAGAAUCACCUGGACUCGGAGCUGGAGAUUUCCAAUGAUCCCGACAAAAUCAAGCUCCAGCUCUCCAAACACAAGGAGUUCCAGAAGACACUGGGGGGGAAGCAGCCUGUCUACGAUACCACCAUCAGGACGGGCAGAGCCCUCAAAGAAAAAGCCUUGCUUCCGGACGACACUCAAAAGCUGGACAACUUACUGGGAGAAGUCCGGGAUAAGUGGGACACAGUGUGCGGCAAAUCUGUGGAGAGGCAGCACAAGCUGGAAGAAGCCCUCUUGUUCUCUGGCCAGUUCAUGGAUGCGCUGCAGGCCUUGGUGGACUGGCUCUACAAGGUGGAACCCCAGUUAGCUGAAGACCAGCCUGUCCAUGGUGACCUGGAUCUGGUCAUGAACCUGAUGGAUGCUCACAAGGUCUUCCAGAAAGAGCUGGGGAAGCGCACAGGGACGGUCCAGGUGCUCAAGCGCUCCGGCCGGGAGCUCAUUGAGAACAGCCGGGACGACACGACCUGGGUGAAGGUGCAGCUGCAGGAGCUGAGCAACCGGUGGGACACGGUGUGCAAGCUGUCCGUGUCCAAACAAACCCGUCUGGAACAGGCCUUGAAGCAGGCGGAGGAGUUCAGGACGGCCGUGCACAUGCUGCUGGAGUGGCUCUCGGAGGCAGAGCAAUCCCUGCGCUUCCGGGGAGCGCUUCCCGACGACGCCGAGGCGUUGCAGGCCCUCAUUGACGCGCACAAGGAGUUCAUGAAGAAAGUGGAGGAGAAGAGAGUGGACGUGAACGCGGCGGUGGGCAUGGGAGAGGUCAUCCUGGCCGCCUGCCAUCCCGACUGUAUCACCACGAUCAAACACUGGAUCACCAUCAUCCGAGCCAGGUUCGAGGAGGUUCUCACGUGGGCGAAGCAGCACCAGCAGAGACUGGAGUCUGCGCUUUCCGAGCUGGUGGCGAACGCAGAGCUUCUGGAAGAGCUCCUGGCUUGGAUCCAGUGGGCUGAGACAACCCUGAUCCAGCGGGACCAGGAGCCCAUGCCCCAAAAUAUCGAUCAGGUCAAAGCCCUCAUCUCCGAGCACCAGUCCUUUAUGGAGGAGAUGACACGGAAACAGCCAGACGUGGACCGGGUCACGAAGACAUACAAGAGGAAAGCUACUGAGCCCCCCCACGGGCCUUUCAUCGAGAAGUCCCGCAGCAACAGAAAAUCCUUGAGUCAGGCUGCCCCCCCCAGCAUGCCCAUCAUCUCCCAGUCGGAAACAAAGAACCCUCGGAUCAACCAGCUCUCGGCCCGCUGGCAGCAGGUCUGGCUGCUGGCGCUGGAGCGGCAGCGCAAGCUGACGAUGCCCUGCAAUCGGAACGAUGCCCUGGACAGACGGGAGGAGUUGAAGGAGUUUGCAAACUUUGACUUUGACGUCUGGCGGAAGAAGUAUAUGCGCUGGAUGAACCACAAGAAAUCCCGCGUCAUGGACUUCUUCCGGCGCAUCGACAAAGACCAAGAUGGGAAGAUCACCCGGCAGGAGUUUAUCGAUGGCAUCCUGGCCUCUAAAUUCCCCACCACGAAGCUGGAGAUGACCGCGGUGGCCGACAUCUUUGACCGUGACGGCGACGGCUACAUCGAUUACUAUGAGUUUGUGGCUGCUCUCCAUCCCAACAAGGACGCCUACCGCCCCACCACUGAUGCCGACAAGAUCGAAGAUGAGGUCACCAGGCAAGUGGCCCAGUGCAAGUGUGCCAAGAGAUUUCAAGUGGAGCAGAUCGGCGAGAAC